GAUAUCGGCACUAUUCUGGCAUGAUUGAAAAAAUUUUAAAACAACAUUAUAAGAUGCAACGACAAACAGCAACAAUAAAUGCUGAUCCAAAAUUAAAGGCCUAUAAUCGUGCCAGAAUGGGAAAAAUAGUAAG